UUAAAGAAAGUUUUGGGGUUUGCAGAGAAGAAAGAGUGAAAGGAAAGGUAGGUAUUUUCUUUCUUUUCAUUUUUAUCUUUCUUUGGUGAAGUGGAGGAAUGAAAAGAAAGGAGAGAUCUUACCUCGUCCACGUGUACAGCAACAAAGAAGAAGAGACGGCCUCUAUGUCCUUCUUGUAAGCUAUUUUGCACUUCAAUUUGGGUCUGAAAUUAAAAAGAAAGCACAACAAUAUUUUAUAAUAUAUUCUAUUAUAUAUAUCUUUCCUUUCACACAUCCAACACCUUCCAUUAUUUUAAAUAAUAUUUUGCACUACCAAACCAAUCUACUCCCCCCAGACUACCAUGGCCGUCGACAACAAUCUUCAUAUAGUCAUCUUCCCAUGGCUAGCUUUCGGCCAUAUGAUUCCUUUUCUUUAGUUCUCCAAACUUAUUGCUCAAAAAGGUCACCGUGUCUCUUUCGUUUCCACUCCUAAAAGCAUCGAUCGUCUCCCCACCAAACUCCCUCCCCAUCUAUCCUCUUUUCUUCACUUCGUCAAACUUCCUUUCCCUCAAAUCUAUGAUCUACCCCCCGACGCAGAGGCCACCUCCGAUGUCCCUUACGACAAGGUUCAGUUUCUCAAAAAGGCCUUAUGACUCCCCUCGUUGGGUUCCCUUCCCAACAAACGUGAUGUUUCGCCACUUCGAAAUCGUGAACGUCUUCGACAGUGUAGCCGGUAACAUCACCGGAGUUUCUGAUUUAUAUCGCAUGAAAACGAUUGCCCACUACAGCGAUUUAGUGGUUGUGAGAGGCUGCCCUGAAUUUGGACAGGAGUGGAUUCAAUUACUUGGUGAUCUUUACGGUAAACCUAUUUUCCCAGUAGGUCAACUUCCAACGUCGGAGUACGAAAUAGGGGAUGAGAAUCCAGCGUGGCGGACGACUAAAGAGUGGCUGGACAAACAACCCAAAGAUUCGGUGGUUUACGUGGCAUUUGGAAGUGAGGCUAAGCCCAGUCAGAAUGAAUUGACAGAAAUCGCUUUAGGGUUGGAAAAAUCAGAGCUGCCAUUCUUUGGGGUUUUUAGGACACGACGAGGACCAAGCGACCCAGACCCAAUUGAAUUACCGGAGGGGUUUGAGGAACGAACAAAAGCGCGGGGUGUUGUGUGGACUACCUGGGCGCCACAGUUGAAAAUAUUAGGGCAUGAGUCGGUGGGUGGGUUCUUGACACACUGUGGUUGUAGCUCCCUUGUGGAAGCGAUUCAAAAUGAAAAGGCUUUGGUGUUACUGACAUUUCUUUCAGAUCAAGGAAUCAAUGCUAGGGUGUUGGAAGAGAAGAAGAUGGGUUACUCAAUUCGGAGGAAUGAAUUAGAUGGUUCGUUUAGAAGGGAUGCGGUGGCAGAAUCAUUGAAGCUAGUAGUAGUAGGGGAAGAAGGUAAGAUUGUUGGAAGCGUUUACCGAGAAACGAUAAGAGAGAUAAAAGAUAAAAAUAAAAAUGCAUUUUAAAUAAGUUUUCUAAACCUAUUUUUCUUUAAGCAACGGUGAUCUAACACCUAUUCUCUUCCUAGCGUUACCACAAAAAACAUACAUCGAUCGAUCCACAAUCACUUUUACAUAUUAGAUGCUAUAUAUUUAGGUUCAGCUUAAGCUUCAUACUUUUCUUUCUAUAAGUACGUAAAAGGACAAAUAUUUUUUUUAAAAAUGGACACUUGACAAAUUUUGAAUUGAUGCAAUAAUCUGUGUUGUCGAAGGUCCAGUCAACUAUUUUUUCUCUGCUAUAAUACUAUACUCUAUAUAUUUAGACUGUAAAUUCACACUUGAAAACAUAUAUAAUAUUUAUGUAUCUAAAAUCUAACAUUGAUCUGCAGCUGAUUUAAAUACAUUCAAUAGGCAUGUGACCAUUUAUUGAUAACAGUGUAGUAUAACUGGCAAUGGCAUGAGUAA